CCGGAGGUGGAGUGAGAUUGCACCGAGUGCCGAUUGAUGACAAAGCACUGCCAGCUGCAGUUGGCGCCCUUCCUACGGUAAACACCCGUGUUAUUAUGAUUACUCGUCAAGCUUUCACAGCCUGAAGCAACCCAUUGAAGAUGCCAAAGUGCAAGGCUGACUCCAUGGUUGCUCUAUUUUGGGCUACAGGGCCUUUGUGUGCUAGUGCUUUCCUGCCCUGUGAUGCCUUGUCCUUUGCGCCUUCUUUUCACGGUGCUGCUGAGCUACUACAGGGUCACACUUCAACUGGAGGAGCUGGCAUGAAGGCUUCAAUCGUGGCUCAGCACUGGCAGGUCACAACUUGUCAAUUGAUUGCGAGUCAUAGAGUAAGUUCAUUCCAUCAGAAGAGCCUGUCAAAACCGCGAUGGAUGUCAUUUGAUAUUCUCUACCAUCUGCACUCUAUCCCCUUUCCAGCUGAACUUUGAGCGCCCACUAAACCAUUCCACUACCUGCACCUGGUCCUCCCGUGGCUUGCAUGAGUAUCAUCCCGUUCCUCGACGAAACUCUGGCGACUCCAUCAUAGACACGCCUCCAGUUCAAAAACUUGGUCCCGGCGGGCGUUUACUGAAAAAUCGUCAGCCAGCGAUCGCUUCCCCCAUUGGAGCACUAACUGCGCUCAUGUCUCGCAGUGAGAUACGCGCCCUGGCAUAUGGAAAUGAGGGCGGCAAUGGCCAUGAAAAUGCCAAAGACAAGACUCAAUACGGCCUCCAGCGGGAUGGCCAUGAUGGGUUGACACGGUAUUUUGAGUGGUGUUAUAACCUGCAGCAAGAUGACAGAAUCUGCCUUGCAAAAGCGCGGUUUGUAACUAUACUUUAGGAACAAGAAGGGUCUGGUACGAGCCGAUUUCGCUUUUCGUCAAGUGAAACCUCCGCCAAAUGGUCGAGUAGCUUAAAAGAUGCUCAGAGCAUGAGGUAUAUCGGUACAGCUUUAUAUCUGGGUUGAACGACUUCUGGCCCGUGACGGUCUGCUCUUUGCAAGCUAUCCACCAUGCAGUGCCCCUCUGCUUGAACCGCUUGCGCCCUAGUAUGCCCAGUGAGCUCGGGGUUGCUGGGGUGCUGCUUGUAUGAACUGCGGCCUUUCGCUCUUUGACUCCAGGUUCCUCGGUUCCUCGCAAUCGAUUGCAACUUGUGUCCCUGGGAAGGGGCUGGAAGAUACUUAUGAGCUCUAGCUACUUAUGGCGGCACGGGCAACUUUGGUCCUCGACAACUUUGGUCCUGACCAUUAGCGAUGAUGUCGCUAUGCUACGACAUGCCGGCAAGUGGAGCCGCGCGCUAUGCAGGAGAGGUUAUGACUUGUGUGUGCGGUGAUGUGACGAGUUCUCAAACAUGCAUGCGUACAUGUAGCAUUUGGCUCGUCUGGGGCUGGAACACUUAUGUCUACGUGAACUCUGGACCGCAUUCACGACAGGCAACUUUUGUCCCCUGCAGGCGAGCACACUCUGCAUCCGCGCCCGGCUAGCACCACUGUUGACCUACUAGCUUCCAACUCUCGCCUGAAGGAAGACACUGCCUACAGAUGGGCCGCGGGAUGCCUGAUACGACUGGCUCCAUGUCACCAUCAGGCUGAAAACUUUGGUACCGCCAACCCACUCGCCCUACUUGCACUACACCCACUCUUUGCAUGCGAACGGAAACGAGCCCAUAUAUUUCUUAAGGGGUGCUUGCUGAGACUGAGAUUGAGUUUUCAAUUUCCCCGGUUUACAGGUUCUCUAUUCUUUCCAGUCUUCUGAUAUGGCACUUGCAUUGUCCCAACGAACACUCCCCAUUCCGCAACGCCUAUGGCAGUUGCACAAGCCUCUAAUUCAGCGACUUUAUCUCAUUUCAUCACUAGAUGAAGUCAGAGCUAUAAUGGAAGCAGAGCACAACUUCGUGGCUACUCCUCAACAGUACAAGCGAAUGAUCGCCAAGUGGGGCGUGCGAAAGUACGUCAAGGCCGACGAAAUGGAAAAAUUGCUGGAGUGCCCUUCUGCCAACCCUGUGGUGCGUGGAAACAAGGUCGUCUCUGCCCGGCAAAUGCGGCGGUUCCUUCGCAGGAAGGAGGCUAAGCGCUGUCGAGAGCCGUCAUCAUCUCAGUGUGACAGUCCCCCUCAAUCGACCUGUCCGGUUUCCUCAUCAUGCAAACCCUUGGGGAGGGCUGAGGUCGGAUCGCAAGCUACCGUUGUUACGCACCAGGACGAUAGUGAAGCUGGUACUUUUCAACAGAACACUCUUUGCAUUGACACGAAAUGUUCUGCCCUCAUGAGAUUGGCUGUAAAGAUGGUCCUGAAUGGACACCAAUCCAAUAUCCGAGAGUACAUUGGGUGUCUGUUGGGUGAUAACGGCCCAUGGGACAAGUCGACUCGGAGCUCGUUCUCAGGUGAAAGAAUCCUUUGCCUGUGGUUGCCAGAUUCCCUGAUUCCACCCGGCUGCGACGAUGACCUAUGGCCUAAGUUGGUGUUGCCCAUAACUCCCGAGGAGCUCACCAGCGGUUUUCUUACUGUGAAGUGGGAAACUAUCUCACUAGCUUGUUUCUAUCUACAAUUUGGGUCGAAAGUCCAUUAUUCCGGCAUGACCUAUGGCCCUGUCUUGGAUGGUUUACACCUGCCUCCUAUCGUUCAUGCACAUGCUCUCAUAUGUGCCGCUCUUGUCCACGCCGCACGCUACACUCAGCCAAACGGUCCACAGCCGCUUAGCAUGAAGGAUGCCCUCUGCACGGUCAAGCUGUUCACACCCGACUCGGAAUUGUUAAACAGCCAAUAUGAUGAGUUCGUUAUUGAAUUGGGUUUGACCGCUGUAAAUCGAUUGAGAUUUCUCUUCCCCCUACCCCGAGGACGGCGUCACCGUUGGCACAGCGUGCUUGACCGAGAUAUCACGCGGUAUUUGCGCACAACCCAGGGCACCAGUUGGCCGGUCUAAGCAUGGCGGUAUGCCGGCCGAAGCAGGAGCAUUACUAGAUGUCUCAGCAGGUCCGGGAGCUCUACAAGACCUCCCCCGCCGUGUCAGUUAUGACUGUUCAGGAUCACCCAUUAGAUAUCAUGUUAACAUCGUCUCGAAUGUGGAAUUGUCUUUGAAUUUCUGUAUAAGCAGCCCUAGAGAAUGUGACUUUAUGAACUGCAGAGAACGGAGCACAACACCUUGUACUGACGUUGAACCAUUGACUCAAUGUGCAACCAUCAUCAAAGAUUCAAGGCUGGCUGGCAAGCUGCUUUUUCAACG